AUGGAGGACGACGACGAGGACGAGGGCGAACAGCAGCAAAAGCAGCGACGUCAGGACAAACAGCCGAACGACCACGAAGCUGCUGGCCAGGCUGACAGAGACAGUGGCAGUGGCAGUGGCAGAGCCGCCGCCGUUGCUCAACUGCCGGCAACGAUCUCGUCAAGCGUUAUGUCCACGCCGCCGGAUGUUAUCCUGGAGGUGGGACCGGCACCGGCCACCGUACGCUUUGUCGCCCACGCUCUAGUUCUGGGCAUGCAUAGCGGCUAUUUGCGUUCGGCCAUACGUUUGGAUGAGACGACGACCAGCGGAGCCGGGGAAUUGUUGCUCUAUUUGGGAAAUGUUACGGCAGAACAAUUCGCACCUCUGCUGACCUACAUGUAUACGGGCUAUUUGGAUCUGAAUGUGGACAAUAUAUUUGCCGUACUGCUGGCCACCCAUGUGCUGCACAUGCCGCGUGCUCUCGAGAUUUGUCGCUCCUUUCUGGCCCGCGCCCAAACCGAGGGCUAUCUGAGCAGCAGUAGUAGCAGCAGUAAUAAUAGCAUUAGCAACAACAACAACAACAAUAAUAAUAACAAUGCUGGCGCAGUCUCUAAGAUAAUCAGACCCAUACCCAGCAAGGCGACAAUGCCAAAUUUUGGUUUUCUGCCUCUGCCACCGCCACCACCGGCGCCGCCACCACCACCGCCACCUUCUGCUGCAGCAGCAGCAGCAGCCGCCGCCGCCGCAUACAAAUGCGCGCAACAACAACAGGCUGUGGAGGAGGUGGAGCGGGAGGAGGACGAGGAGGAUGUUGAGGUGUUCAUUGACAGUAACACAAUAACCGACAAUGAGGCAGAAUUGGAUUUGGACACACAGCCCAAUGUGGAAGAUGCCGACAUCGAUAUGGAUUGCAAUGUGUCGGUGGUUAGUUCGUUGGAGAGCAGCGCAGGGAGCCUAAACAUUGAACGUGUGGAUGUGCAGCCCAAAAGUCUGUUGGCCGAAGCCCCCGAGGUGAUGACCACACUGGCGACGACGACAACAGCAACAACAACAACAGUUAAGCCGAAUCCAUUGCAGGCCAAACACUUGCCGCCAGUGGUGGCACGUGUAGCGCCUCCGGCUCAGAUGUCCAGCAAGUCGCGCAACUCACGGAAGCAGCAACAGCAGCAGCAGCAGCGCAAAUCUAGCGGUGGUUUGCAAGUGGCUAAAGCGCCCAUACCGGCCGCCCAAUUGGACGCCAGCUCAUCCACAGUGGGCACAGCGCCGGCGCCGGCCAAGUUCAUCAUCGAUGUGGCCAGUUGUGAUGGGCCUGUGCGCUUUCGGCGCAUCCUCAACACCGCCUACGGCCACAAGCCGGAUGCCUACGAAGCGACAACAGCCCAUUUGGGCGAGCAGCGUACGCAGCAGAGUGUUAGCUAUUCGUUCCAUCAGCAGAUGGCCAAAACCAUAAGCAGUCAGCAGCGACAGCAACAACAGCAACAACAGCAGCAACAUCAGCAACAGCAACAGAUACACCAGCAACAAAAUGCCGAGGAGAGUGAGAAUAGCGGCGAUGCGACGCCUCAGCAACAUGCCACAAUAGCGACAGCAACAGCCGCGACGGCAACAACAACGCAUCGCAAGCAACAACAGACACACGAAUUGUAUGUCUGCAUCUAUUGCAAGCACACCUUCAAGUCCCAGUACUGCUACCAGAAGCACGCCAAGCGUCAUCUUAACCCAUUGAGUCUCAGCGAGAAGAAAAGCAUUGCUGCCGCUGCUAUACUCAUCAAUGGCCAGCCCCAGCCACACCAGCAGCAACAGCCACUGGCAGCAAGCAGUGCCGCAAUGGAGACUUCCACAAGUCCGUCGAGCGAUACGGAACAGUUGCUGCGACGCGAGGUGCGUCCCCUGGACAUGAAUGUCCAGUAUUAUCCUUGCAAGACCUGUGGCAGCAAAUUUCCCAGCUACUAUUUUGUUCACAAGCAUCGCAAGCUGUGCCAUGCCGAUGAAAUCGAGAAUGCGACAGCAACAACCACACCAACAACCGCCUCAUCAACAUCUGCAUUGAUUUAA